AUGGCUUCUGCUUCUGGAUUUUUAGGUCAGAUGGAAGAGGCGGAGUUCGCCGAGAAAGAUCCAACUGGCCGGUACAUCAGGUACGAUGAUGUUCUGGGGAGAGGAGCUUUCAAGACUGUAUAUAAGGCGUUUGACGAAGUGGAAGGAAUAGAAGUUGCUUGGAACCUAGUGAGCAUUGAAAAUGUGAUGCAGAUGCCUGGUCAGCUUGAACGGCUCUAUUCUGAAGUUCAUCUCCUCAAAGCGCUUAAACAUGAAAACAUCAUCAAGCUCUUCAACUCUUGGGUUGACGAAAAGAACAAGACUAUCAACAUGAUCACCGAGCUCUUCACCUCUGGUAGUCUCAGGCUAUAUCGCAUGAAGCAUAGGAGAGUCGAUCCCAAGGCCAUCAAGAACUGGGCAAGGCAGAUUCUCAAAGGCUUGAACUAUUUGCACUCUCAGAACCCUCCUGUGAUUCACCGAGAUCUCAAGUGUGACAACAUUUUUGUCAAUGGAAAUACCGGAGAGGUCAAAAUCGGAGAUCUCGGCCUCGCAACUGUACUGCAACAACCCACUGCCCGAAGUGUCAUAGGUACUCCUGAAUUCAUGGCGCCUGAGUUGUAUGAAGAGGAAUACAAUGAGCUUGUGGACGUCUAUUCUUUUGGCAUGUGUAUGUUGGAGAUGGUAACGUGUGAGUAUCCAUACAACGAGUGCAGAAACCAGGCUCAAAUUUUCAAGAAGGUCAGCUCGGGUAUAAAGCCUCAAUCUCUCACCAGGGUUGAUGAUCCUCAAGUUAGGCAAUUCAUAGAGAAAUGUCUUCUUCCUGCCUCUUCCAGACCUAAUGCCCUCGAGCUCUCCAUGGACCCGUACCUUGCAAGCAAUGACUCUGCUCUUGUUGCCUCAUCAUCUAACCCUGUCGGGCCACCACAGCUUGAGCUUGAACAUCUCCCCAUGGAUGUGGAUCAUCACCAUAACGAGAAUAAAAGUGUCUCCAUCGGCUCCUCUCGGAAAAGCGACGAAGAAUACCCCAGCUGCCAAACCAUCGAACUUGAGAGGUUUGCAGAGGAUAAAGAGUUCAGGUUAAGAGGAGAGAGGAGCGAUGAUUCCACAGCGUCAAUGCUUCUGCGCAUCGGUGACUCCUCUGGUAAAGGGAAAAUCGUACAUUUUGCCUUCUACCUGGAUUCAGACACAGCAACAGCAAUCGCAGAGGAAAUGGUGGAGCAACUGGAUCUAACAAGUCAAGAGGUUGUUGUGAUAGCUAAUAUGAUCGAUGACUUGAUUUUACAACUCCUCUCUGACCAGAACCAGACCUCAUCCCCAUCGCAUCCAAAUCAUCAAAACUCUCGUGAGGAUCAUCACGAAGCAGCAAAUCAACAAACUGCCAACUCGAAAGAUGAGGGAACUGCAGGAGAAUCAAUGAAGUCAGGGAUAUCAGCAGACUAUUACUUACCCUUCUCCUCCAACGGAAGUGCUGCCAUGGAAGCUGGUCGGGAGGGAGAGUCAAUGAGCUCCUUUCUGGAUUCUUGCUCGAUGAUGUCGACACUUUACUCUCUUUCCAUUUCGGACCACGAUUAUCCUCAAGGUCUCAAGACAGAACUGAACCUGAUCGAGUCACAGUUUAACCAGUCCUUGCAAGAUCUGCUGAAACUCAAGGAGGAUGCUAUGGAGAACGCAAAGCGUAAAUGGAUUAAGAAAAAGCAGAAAGGUGUGAUCAUCCCUUGA